CGCACAGUACAGUGGGGCCUGGUUCUUGUUAUCAGUGAGAAGUGACCACAAAACGGGACAACCGCAACUUUCAAUGAAUGUUUACAAAUGGCACAAAAAAGCUUCAGAAUGUUGUAAAUAUAAUUUCAGUUGUUAAUCGCAUUCAGCUAAGUAGUUGGGCAAUUAAAACGCUCAGCUGAGCCAGAUUUGUGCGAAUGGUCAGCGUCAGCGAGGAGGUCAUCGAGAUCGAGGAUGCGCUCAGCUCCGAGGGCAGCUUUGCCAGCACCGUGGCAGGACAAUGCUGUGGCCCAGAGCACGAAUUGGACGAUCGGCAGGCAGUGCAGCUAAAUGAUGUGGCUGCCACAGCCGAGGCCAAGGGCAAAAAUAGUCCCAGCGAAUUAUCCGGUGGACAUAACUAUGCGACUAGCAAAAAUGUAGCCGAGGGUCUGAUGGACAUAGCCCUGCUCUCGGCAAAUGCAAAUCAGCUGCGCUUCCUGAUCACCUACAAUCAUGAGGCUUCCACGUUCUACUGCAGCCUGGUGCUGGUCAUACUCUCGCUGGUGCUCCAGGUGCUCGUGGGCAUUGCAUUGAUCUUUAAGGUAUGCCAAUGUGUUAUAUAUAUAUAUUGUUGUUUGUUGAAUUCAGCUAACAGACUCGGGAGUCCAUCAACAGCGCCGCCUGAAACGCUGCCGCAGUCGACGAUAUAUGCGAACCAACGAGGGGCUUGUGAUGGGCGUUUUUCUUAUCACUGUUAUCAAUGUGCUGCUGGCUGCAUUUACCACAACCGACGGACAUGCGAAUUAAAUUAUUAAAAUGCUCUCCCCUUUGUGUGUG